AUGGCGGCGUGUUCCCCUCCACAGCUCCCGGCCAGCCGCAGGUCCGAGCCGGCGUACCGAGAACAAAGACGACAAAAAGUUGAAGAAUAUCUAUCAAGAAAAAAGACCUUUUCUGGCAUGCCCAUUCAAGAAAACCAGGCAUCGAUCAGCAGUAGCAGAACUAGGAGAGCAACUAGCAAUAAACUGCAAGACAAAAUACAGCUCUCAACAUCUCCAAGGCCAGAAAUGGAAAAUAAAGAGAAUGCUAAUAAACUGUCAUGGGACCAAUCAAGCAGAACCUUGGAAAAUGUUACUUUAAAUUCUUCCACAAUCACACUGACAAAUUCCGUAUCAGGGGCAAACUAUAAUCCUGAAGAUUAUGCUUCCAAGGAUGAAGUUACUGAAACAAAAUCUCAGCAUGUGUCACUUAGCAAGUCCUUCUUGCAAAUAAAAAGCAUAAAAGAGAAGCAAUUGAUUGCAGAAAAACAAAAUUCAAGUAUCAGCCUACCAAAGAAACCAGUGCUUGGUACAUAUCGCGGCAAAGUUAUCCAAUCCAAGAUAAACUCCUUCCGAAAAGCACCAAAAAGUGAGGGGGAAAAGAGUUCUUUGCCAGACAAGAAGCUUCUUCCUUCUGCCACCAAACUAGCAGCAAGUUCUUUGUCCAUGAGCAGCUGUAGUGUAGUUCUAAAGACCAUCCAAGUCACAAACAACUCUAAUUCUGUAAAACCAAAUGGUGUCCUCCUAUUCCAGAGCAAACCAUCUGACAAAACUGCUAUUAACUCACAGUCCAGGCUGAGGAAACAGCAACCAACAUCUGCUGUAGUGCCAAAGAAAGUAACAGUCCAAAAAAUGAUUGGUGGAAGGGGACCACAGCCACGGAAGGCUGCUUCUAACAAUUCUGACCGCAGAGUACUAGGAGUGAAGAAAUGUGCAGAUUUUUGUGAAGGUGCAAGACCAGAAGCUCCAGCAAAACGAAUUUCUGUUGUUCCUGGCACAAAGUCAGGACAGAGUUCUAAAACUAAUGGCAACAGAAAAUCUGUUUUGCCAAAAGAGUCAGCAGCAGAGAGAAGAGCUCGCCUGGAUGAAUGGAGGGCAUCUAAAGGAAAAGUGAUGAGGAGACCUCCUAUAUCUGUGCUUCUGGGACCCCAGUAUAAAAGUGAAGAACAAGAAUUCUCUUCUGGUGAUUCUUUAGAGCACGUAUUACAUAGUGAAAAGGUCAACAAGACUCUCACAGAAUGUCUGCAGUUAACUGAACAGGGAUGUCAAGGCGAUGAAGUACGUGCCAUGUUGGAAGAUCUGACACAGAGCAUUCCUGGGGCUAAAAAGCUUGCGAAAUAUUGGAUCUGCUGUAUGCGUCUUGAACAAAUGGGCCCACUUGAAAAUCUUAUUGCUGUCUAUGAGGAGGCCAUUUUGGCAGGAGCAAUGCCUAAAGAUGAACUACGACACAUGCUAAUAGAUACUAUGAAAAAUACUGAAAGCCUUUUUAAGUCUGAGGAUGGGGGAACUGUGACAGAAUCUCAUUUAAGUGAGGUAGUGGAAGUCAGCAAGGAACCAAAUUCAUCUGUAGAGCAGGUUCAGGAGGCCUUCAAGAAUGUCAGCUCUGACGACCAAAAAGCAGAGAGUGAUGACAAGAAGGCAGAGACUAGCAGUGAAGUGAUCAAAAAAGAAGAAAUGGAUUUAGACUUGAAACAGAGAGAAGAGAUCUUGCCAAAAAAGAAUAAAAAACACAAGACUAAAGAACGUACAAAAAAGAAAGGAAAAUGUGAAACAGAAGAGCAGAAUGAGGAUGGGGUAAAAGAUACAGCCCGAGCAGUUAAUUCUCCUGAGAAGGAGAAUGACACAUCUUGUUUAAUGAGAUACAGUCCAUCUACCACACCAUACUUGGAAAGUGUGAAGAUGCACCAUGAGGCAAAAGACUCCAGUGCUAAAGACCUGAAAAUUGUAACCCCUUUGCGAUAUUCUCAACGCAUUCGGGAGAAGAUGUGCAAGCUGUCGGAUACUGUUAAAGAUCAAGAUCCAUGUAUCUCUUCAUUUGAACAGCUGGGAGAAUUGGAAUCAAAAGCCACUGCAUUUAUCCACAAACAGAGCAAUGCGCUCAAAGAAACAAGUGCUGAAGUAGAAGAGUAAAAAGUCGCAUUAAUGCUACAUGGGGGUUAAAGAUUAGAUCCUUUUUAAGGAGAGUUGG